AUGAGUUUUAUUCAGCGCCUAACGAAACGGCUGCCCACCGCGCCGAGCCUCCCACUUGAUGACACUCCUCGCGAAAAGGGUCGAGCUUCGUCGCGCUUCGCCUUUUUCCGCCGUCGCAUUCGACUGAAGGGCAACUCGUCCAUUUCUAUACCCUUGGGAUUUGUUUUACUAUUUCCAUGCCUUGUAAUUGUGUUCAUCCUCCUAUUGUUCGUCCGACACCCUUCUUCGCCGGGUGGUAUUUUAAUUCCGGCGGGCACACCGCCAUCAAUUCGAAAAAUCAGCGAAAAGUAUGACAAGGUCUUCGCGACCGGCUGUCUGCCCAUCGAUCAAGCCCGCAUCGACAGUGAACCGCGUGCCAAUGCUGCCUUUGUCGUCCUCGCGCGGAAUAAGGAAUUGGACGGCGUUAUCCAGUCGCUCAAGUCUAUCGAGCGUCACUUCAAUCGCUGGUACCACUACCCUUACGUCUUCUUAAACGACGGCGACUUUGACGACAAAUUCAUGGCUACCGUGAAGAACUACACGAGUGCCCCCGUGGAGUUUGGCAAGAUCGAAAAUUCCAUGUGGGGGUUCCCCGACUGGGUGGAUCAUGAGGUCGCCAAGGAAGGUAUUCGCAAACAAGGCGACGCUGCUAUCAUGUACGGUGGCAUGGAAAGUUAUCAUCACAUGUGCCGCUUCUACUCCGGACACUUCUACAAGCAUCCUCUCCUGAUGAAAUACGAGUGGUACUGGCGUCUGGAGCCCGAGAUCAAGUACUUCUGUGACAUCACCUAUGAUCCGUUCAUCAAGAUGGCUGAGGCGAACAAGACCUAUGGCUUCACCAUUGCGGUCAAGGAGCUUCGUGAAACGGUUCCCAACAUCUGGCGCUACGCAGCCGCGUACAAGCGCAAAUACAACCUCAAGUCCAAGGGCCUGUGGGAGAUGUUCGUUGAACGCCCGGAGGAGCCCGAGACUCCACCAGAGGAGAAGAAGCAGGACAAGUUACCCGACGAAAUCCUCCUCACCGAGCCCGGUGACAAGAACCUCGAUGAUAUUGACCCUGAAGCCAUGGAGGGCGAAAGCUACAACAUGUGCCAUUUCUGGAGUAACUUUGAGAUUGCACGCCUGGAUUGGUUCCGGAGCAAGGCCUAUGAGGACUUCUUCAACAUGAUGGAUCGAAGUGGUGGUUUCUGGAAUGAACGCUGGGGUGAUGCUCCCAUUCACUCUUUGGCUGCUGGUGCCCUUCUCUCGCCUGCUGAUAUUCAUUACUUCCGUGACUUUGGUUAUCGGCACACUACCAUUCAGCAUUGCCCUGCCAACGCUCCCGCCCGACAACUCCCUCGUGAGCCAUACCUCGAAAAGACCACCGAUGACGAGAAGAAGCGAAUUGAAGAAGAUGAGUAUUGGGCCAACCCGGAUCCCGUCAAGGAGAACGGCGUUGGAUGCCGCUGUCGCUGUGACACCGACAUUGUGGAUGUCGAGGGCAAGCAAGGCAGCUGUCUGAACGAGUGGGUCGAAGUGGCGGGCGGCUGGUCUUCGCCAUGA